UACACACGAGUUACUCUUGUCUCUCAUUGGUGACUGAUAUCUAUUGAUGAUGUCGUCGAUCACAAUGACAACUGCAUGAAUCACGGCUGAGGCGCGAGUGCGAGCCAAGUGAACUGUUGAACAGACAUUUUGUCCCCACCACUUCUACAACAACUACAACAAAACCUCAAUGUCUGGUCAGUCGAAAGCACGCUCUGGUGGCGUCCUUCCUGUGAAUGCUGCAACCAGGAAGAGUGCAGCGGCGCAGUCCAACUCUAAGGCGCCUCCAAGAACUCCAGCCCCAAAACUCAGACUGGUCAUUCGGCGACUCCCACCAGGACUCAGCGAGAGUGAAUUCUGGACCGUUAUUGGAGACGACUGGAAAGUAGGAUCAGGGAAAGUAGAUUGGGCAGCUUUCAAAGAUGGGAAAGUCUCAAAAGAGUAGGGUGAUUCUAGGGCUUGUCGUUCUUCACGCUGACUCAACUUACAGCCCUGCGAAGCCCUCACGGCCUGCACGGGCAUACAUCAAAGUCAAAGAACAGUCAUUGCUUGAAGUCUUGUCUGCGCAAAUAAGAACCUUGACUUUCCAGGAUGCCAAAAACACUACGAAGGACCCUUGUCUGCUUGGACCACCAUCCCUGGAAUUUGCACCUUUCAAUAAGAUCCCCAGCGGACGCAACAGAAACGAUGCACGGCAAGGCACGAUCGAUCAGGACCAGGAGUUUAUUGACUUCUUGCAAAGCUUGACCGAGCCUAUCACUAGGUCAGGCGCGAAUGGAACCGAAUCUGCCGACUCCAAACAAGACAAAGUAGCAACCACUCCUCUCGUCCAGUAUAUAAAGGAGAAAAAGGCCAACAAAGCGAAAGAAAAAGAAGCCAACCAGGCUAAAGCUGCUGCAAAGGCGCGCGAAAAACAAGAUGUCAAACCAUCUAAGCCUGAGACUCCUCGAUCGACCGUCGUUAUUAAAGGUAAGGCUGCACCAUCUGAGGAGAAGCAGCGAGUUCAGAAAGCUACGGAAGAGGCAGUCAAAGCAAUCAACAAAUCUGUGGCUUCUAUGCAAAACAAGCAGCAACAGCAUCAGGCGUCACCGAAAAGUGAUGGUAAACAGUCUGCGAAAGACACAAAUCCGAAAACCCCUACGGUCCCGGCGCAAGCGAGCCCAGCUAAGCGCGAGCGAGAAAGAUCAAAUGCAAGUGCUGCCGCACGUAUGCUGCAACGUGAUCUUGGCCUGCUGCCGAAAGACAAGACUCAACGUGCGACAAAGGCUUCGACCUCUGGUUCAAAUACGGUGACCGAGUCUACAGCAUCUCCAGCCAAAAAAGGGUCCUCCGAAUCGAUACAAAAGCCCGCGCCCCCUGCCGAACAGAAACAGGCAGCGCAAAGAACGUCAACUCCCACGCCAACAGCGCCCACUGGACCGCGAGCAUCACGUACGCCUAACGCUUCUGCACCCAAAGCAUCCUCGGCGUCUACAGCAAAGCCUACAAAGCAGGCCCCUCAACCUUCUGCAAAUGCAAAGUCCGCAUUCCUGAAGCACGCCAACCCCUCACAGGGCAUCACUGAGGAACUUCUGCAGGCGGCAUUCAACGAGUUUGGAUCGAUCGUGAAAUGUGAAAUAGACAAGAAGAAGGGUCUGGGAUACAUUGAUUUCAGCGACACAGAUGGGCUGAGGAAAGCGAUGGCCGCAAGUCCGGUCAAGGUCGCCAAUGGGCAAGUGGUCGUUCUGGAGAACAAGAGUCCAUAUGUGAAGCGUGGUCAAUCAACCACUGAGAAGAGUACAGCAAAUGCAAGUGCUACAAAAGGUGCCGCUUCUCCGUCCGCAAAUGCAAAUGCACCAGCUCGAGCUGGAACCCCCUCUACAGCGACUACAUCAAAGCCUGGUGAUUUAUCCAAGCCCAGUCCCUCGGCGACAAGCACAAGAGCGGGUAAAAAUGCAUCUCCAUCACCGAGUACACCGACCGCCGCUGAUGCAAGCGGAUCAGAUCAAGCAGCACCUGCAGGUACAGUAAGCACAGCAACUCCUCCGACAGCACCCCGGGGCACGCCACGAAGUGGAGGUGGUAAUCGUGGUGGUCGGGGGGGCGCUGCGGGUUCGGGGAGAGGGAGCUCACGUAGUGGUGGCGGUCAAGGCGGAAGACAAGGCAAUAGAGCUGGACGUGGUGGGAAGAGAGGAAAUGCUGCAGGUGCCAAUGGCUCUUCUAAUGCGGGCGAGACUGGUCAGGCUCCGGCGACUGCUACAUCUACUGCACCCACUACUGCUCCUGCAGGUAAGGAUGAGACAAAGAAGUGAACCCCAAAAACAAGCACAAGCCAAUCACUUGGAGUCGAAAGUCGAAGAGGACCAAUGCGAUGCGAUGCUGUGCAAAUCGGUCCCUAGGCGAAGAUGGGGAACGGACGGAACGUGGCUGCAUAUUAUUUUUUGUUGGGUUCAUUACUUCAAUACUGAAGGGCUAGUCAAAGGUAGCUACUUGAUGAUUCUAUCGUGGCCUCAUUCCCUAGAUAGCACUGAUACUCGUGUCACAAUGCAAUGAGAACCUGG